UAUACGAUUCCAUGAAAAUAAUUUUGGAUAAAGUUUGCUACACUGAUCACAUGUGGCGGAUCAGUUGUGAUCUGAAAGUCGUGGCGAUGCUAAGAGGUCUCCAAGGAGGCUAUACGAAAAACAUGUGUUUCUUGUGUCUUUGGGAUACCCGAUUUAAAGGAAACCAAUACGAAACGCAUGACUGGCUUGCUCGAGAUCCAACGGAGAAAGGACACAACUGCGUAAAUGAUCCACUGGUGCCAAUGGAGAACGUCCGCAUGCCCCCUCUCCAUAUCAAACUGGGAAUCGUAAAAAAUUUCAUCAAGGCCAUUGUGAAGCAACCGAAAAUUCUUGAUUGUUUGAAAAAUAUUUUCCCACCAAUCAGCGAAGCAAAAUUGAAGGAAGGUGUUCUGAAUGGGCCGGAUAUACGAAAGCUCAUGAAAUCAAAGGAAUUUAAAGGUGCUUUAGACGGUAAUGAUUACUUUGCGUGGAGGGCAGUGAAGAAAGUCAUACGAUAUUUUUUGGGAAGUACGCGAGCACACAAUUACCCCGCUCUUGUGACCAAGAUGUUGCACUACUUCCAGAAAAUUGGAGUGAAUAUGUCCCUCAAAAUUCACUUCUUGCAUCACCAUCUCGAAUACUUCAGCAAGCAGCUAGCCUCAGAGUCGGAUGAACAUGGCGAGCGCUUCCAUCAAGUGGCAAUGCCAAUGGAAACGCGAUAUAAAGGCAAAAGGCUCGAUUCGCUGGUGGCUGAAAUUUGUUGGUGGUCGCAAAAGACGUACGAUCCCGACAAUGAAGAUGAAGAAGAAGAAUAUACAAUGGGAGUUUCCUCCGAGGAUGAAGACAGAUCCUCAUCCGAUACAGACUCUGAACAAGUGGGCGAACCACCACGCAAGAAAGUAAAGGGCGCAAACAAACGAAAAUAAGUUUUGCGUUCAUCGAUUUUUAUAACCUAUGUAUCUAUGUAAUAACCUAAUAAUUAC